UCUGCGUUCAGGUAGAGAGGCUUUAACUGGAGGCAUUUAAGUCACUUAUUAUCGACUUUGAAUGCUCGGCCUGUGCUCUUAAUGGAGUUGGAUGAAGCCUAUUUAAGAUCCCCUUCCUCUCUCAUAUACACUUGUGUUAUAUAUAUACACACACAUAGAAAGGACCCCAUAUCACCACAGCGCUAUAGCUAGCUAGCUACUACCACUCGGUCGCCCUUAAUUAGCUAGCUUCUUGAUCUCCAUCUUCCUUCCUUCGUUUAAUUAAUUAGAGAGCGAUCGAUCGAGCUAGUGAAUUCAGGGCAUGGAUGAGCUAGACCUUUCUCUCGCCCUGUUAAGCAGUGAGUCUGAUAUGGUUUCGAGGAAGAAGAGGAAGCAAAUAGCACUUCAGGAGGUCAUGGCUCAUCCUGCUGCCAUCGACCUGCUCCGCCUCAAUGAUCCUCUGCCGCUUGAUUGGGAGCAAUGCCUAGACCUACAAUCUGGAAGAAUGUAUUACUUGAACAGGCAGAAGCUGAAGAGGAGCUGGAGCAGGCCCAAGGAGCAAAAGCUCGAGCUAGACCUCAACGUCACAGAGAAGGUAUCAGCAACACAAGAUGAUGAUUCAUCUGCAGGGAAUUACAACAUGGUUGCAGUUGUUUGCGUACACUGCCAUCUCCUGGUCAUGAUCUGCAGGUCUUCUCCUUGCUGUCCCAAUUGCAAGCGCAUGAAUAAUUCCCUGAGCACUGCAAGCCAAAGCGGUCGUCUCGCUGCUCCUGCCAAGACCUUGAAAACCCUGAGCCUUCUCCAUUAGGGCAGAGAGAUGCGUACGUGUGGAUCGAUGUAUAUGGAUGCAUGGUGAUCAAUCAGGAAUCUAAUUUGUUUUUCAAUGAGAGCAUGGAGUAGUACUGCUAUGUAGCAAUAUCAUUGUUCAUUAAUUUAAUUAUAACUUUUAUUUA